CGUGAGUUGACUGGCUAGUGUGUUAAUGGUUCACGUAAGACAGUUGAUAGGCUUCAUUUCAGUUGUUUAUUCUGAGUUAGCUAGCUAACGUCAGCAGCUUGUCUAGCUAAACAACCAACAGAAAUGAUAACGAUAGCUAACGUAGCUAAGCUAUAGCUACUUUUCUCCGGAAAACUAUAGCUAUCAUUCGGACGAAGCAGGCUCCUAAAUGCUGACCCAUCGCUCUCCGCCAUGGAUGAGGGGAGUCUGGAAGCGGCCAUUGAAACCUACAAUGCUCAGCUGCAGCAGGUGGAGACCGCCCUGGGGGCGGGACUGGAUCCCUCUCAGCAGUCGGACCUGCUCAAGCUGAAAGAGGACUUACGGCAGCUGAUUGAACUCACCGAGUCCAGCCUGGUGUCCGUCAAAAAGAGCCGGCUUCUGGCGAGCCUGGAGGACAGUACAGCGGAGGGGGAGCCCGCGGGAGCCGGCCUGGACGACCAGUUCUCUGCCUUUUACUCGGAACUGGGGGAGACCCCGCCUGAGGACUCGCCCGCCGGUGCCGUGGACUGCCCUCAGGGUUCCGAGCGGACCCUGACCGACGAGGCCGAGGAGGAUGGCGAGGAGGAGGAGGACGAAGACGCCGUGAGCGGGAUGAAGGUCCGAGCGCCGUACCACAGCGCUUGGGGUACGCUGGAGUACCACAACGCGAUGGUGGUGGGGGCCGAGGACCCGGACGGAGCCGAGGCCCGCGUGAGGGUGCUGUACAUUCACCCCACGCACAAAUCCAUGAAGCCCUGCCCUUUCUUCCUCGAGGACAAGUGUCGCUUCAUGGAAAACUGCAGGUUCUCCCAUGGCGAGGUGGUGGCCGUGUCAGAGCUGAGGCAGUUCCAGGAUUUGGACCUGAGCAACCUUCAGGAAGGUUCCGCCUGUCUGGCCCGGCACGAGGACGGCAUCUGGUACCCCGCCAAAAUAACGGAUAUCGAAGAAGGUUACUACACAGUGAAGUUCAACUCACUCCUUCAGAGAAGCACCAUAGUGGAAGCUGACGGAAUUAUCCCCCCUUUAAGGCAAGAUGACCCGUCGUCCUCAGAGUCUGAUGGCGAUGACGACUUUGGGGAGUAUUCGGCCUAUGCUAAAGUCCUGGACUCGGUGGAAACGGGGGAAUGGGCCCCAUCCUGCAGCUCCAGUUUUGCGGGAUGGGAGGCGCACACCCGCGGAAUCGGCUCUAAGCUCAUGCUCAAAAUGGGCUACGAAUUUGGGAAAGGGCUGGGGCGGAGCUUGGAGGGGCGGGUGGAGCCGGUGACGGCUGUGGUCCUGCCCAAGGGGAGGUCCCUGGACCAGUGCGCGGAGAUGAACCAGAAGCAGGGGCGGAAGAGGCAAGGGAAGGGAGAAGGGUCAAAGGCCAGGCGGAAGGGCAAGCGGGCCGGCGGGGCCCGCCGGGGGCGGAGCGACGUCUUCGACUUCCUGAACAGCAAACUGGGCGACAGGGAGGCCGACGGCCAGGCCAACGCCCCCCCACCCAACAGCAAAGACGCCUACAGGGGCGGGGAGAGCGCCAAGCGCUCCCUCAACGUGCGUCUCUUCCAGGCCACCGAGCGCGUGGUGCAGACCGAGAGAGAGAUCGAGCGGCUCAAUCAGGCGCUGGCCAGGCAGGCCGGCAGGGACAAGACGAUGGCCACGCACCUGGAGGAGAGGCUAGCGGCCGCCAGGAGCCAGCUGGUGCAGCUGAAGGCCCAGGAGCUCCGCGUGCAGCAGGACCAGCGCAAAGCCAACACCCACAAGAAGAUGACCGAGUUCUGACCCGGGGCUGACCACACCCAGCCUCCACCCUUUUAAUUCAGUUUUUAUGUUUUUGUAUUUUUUUUUUUUGUUGUUGGCAUGUUACUGUCCAGGUAAAUAAAACAAAAAAAUUAUUUCCCACA